AUGUCUACAACGGAAAACGCUCACGAAAGGAACGAGCAACAAGAAGAUCACAAUAAUAAUAGUAAUGAUGGGAAUGUUCCACUAGUGAACCAUUUGUACCUGGAGAGAAUAUACCCAAUGCUACCAGUGGAGUCCCAUUUUGAAACGUAUUUAGAUGUUGAGAAGGAUCAGUUGUAUAUCUCUUGUAGAUCAGUGAUUAUGAAUAUUGCAAUCUCAUCAAACGUUAAUGAUAUCAUUGAAAACACUUUAAAUGCAAUAGAUAUGAUCACUAAAGAUCAUAGAAUCAUUUCAUCUAAGAUUUCCACAGGAUCGAUCCAUUCAAUAUUGGUCCUAUUAAGAUUAUUAUGUGAUGUAGUGGAAUAUUAUUGGGACCAUUUGGAAUCAAGUACAGUUCCAAAGAUGAAAUCCUAUGAAGUUUAUAAAACCAAUCAGAAUAAAAGCAAUAGUGACAAUAGCGAUAUAUACAUAGACGUUCAAAAUAAGAUUUUUGCAAAUUCUGCAAUUGGGUAUUCGAUUGUAGAACCAGGAUUUCAUGAAACUUCACCUGUACCAUUAAAGAAACAUAUCGCAAACAGAUUAAUGGAAACUUGUUUGAAAUUAAGAUCCCAUGUAAGAAAUUUGAAAGUUAUGAAGAAUAUGUGUAGUCAUCUAUUUUCAACAUCAAAUAAUACAAUCUUCCAAAAGAUAUUACCGGAGUAUCAAUCUUUCUUAAGGAAAAGGACAGAUCACAAGAUUUUGGCAAUGAUAGAUAUUGCAUUAGGUCGUCUACUAAGGUUUUCAUCAGCAACAAACCCUGAACAAUAUUUGACUUUUAUAAAUAAAAAUCUGAAGGAACCACUGACAAUGAACCCCUCCAGUUCAAGUGAUAUGAAAUAUGUGCAGAAUGUAGAAUUGAUAGGUUACGUCUAUUUGGAUGAAAAGAUCAUAUCGAGAUAUUUGGAUCUAGUGACAUUUUUAAACAACAUGAAAAGACCAGUGUUUAGUCAUUUGGUAUUAUAUUUUGCCUCCAGCACUCUAUUGUUUUGGAUAAUGGCAAGACCAGCGGAAUAUUUACAAACUUAUCAAAAAUUGAAGAGUUAUAAUCUAACAAAACAGGAUCAAACAAUGAGAGCAUUGAGUACUUCGGUAAACAACUUAUUCGAUGAUGUAUAUUCAUCAUUCAACGUGAGUAAUAUGCUGACAGCUACUCAUAAUUUAUCGUCAAUUCCUUUGACUAGAGCAUCGGAUACUUCAUAUAACAAUAACAAUAAUACAUCUGCCACAGUACCUACAUCAUCGGCAUCAUCGACUUCAACCUCGACAUCAGCAUACGCAACAUCAUCAUUACUAUCAACUCGUAACACUUCAAAUCAUAUUCCUAUUGUAUCACCAUCGUCCGCAUCUGCAUCCGUAUCUUCAUCCUCUACAUCCUCAUCUUCCACUUCAUUAAACAGCGUGGAACAAGAUAAAUUACGUCGACCAGACACUUUAAAAAAGAGACGGUCAUCGUCAUCGAACAGUGGGAAUAUCACUCCUUUAUCAAAAUCUGGACAAUCACCAAUCAUAUCAAAUACUCCAACCAUUACUGCAUUAUCUUUACUGAACUCUCCAAAACAUUCUUCAACAGACAUUAAUCAAUAUUUCCAGAGCAGAAUACCAUCAAAUAAUAAUAAUAACAACAACAAUUAUGAUACUUAUAAUUCAGGGUCACGGGUGACCUUGAACAACUUGGCAUCUGUUAAUGAAUCAAGGCGUGAGAUUUCUAACUCAAACUAUAACUCUAGCAAUCCUAGUAUUAGUAGCUCCUUAAAUGGUGGUGCCAACGAAAGUAUUUACUCAAGGAGUACAUCUGCAACUGGAAGUGGCAGUGCCUCAUCAAAUAGCUUGGUGAAUGAUAUGUCUCACAUACACGCUUUGAAUACAAUGGAAGACACUAAGGACAUUACACAAACUGAUGUCAUCCAUGUGGAAAAUAUACUAGAUCUAUACAAUCAUUUCAGUGACAAUGAAUCAUUACCACAUACAGCAGUUUUAAAUUUUUUGACUACAUUAUUAAUGUUGGACACCGAAGUAUUUACAGAAAUCAAUACACAAUCAUUCAAACAUAUUGAAGAAAUUAAAUCGAAGGAUAAAAUUUCCUCAUCUACCAAAGAGGAUGAAAGUGCACCGCAUAUCGAUAGAGAUCGAAAUUUGCAUAUGAAACAUUUUACAUCGGGAUUAAGAAGAUUGAAAGCUCUACAACUUUCAAGAAAGAAGACUAUUAAAUAUGUCGAUUUAAUAAUUAAGAACAUUACAGAAGUGACUCCGUCAUCUGAGCUGGCUCAGUUUGAUUCGAUCAUGUCAAUAAUUUCCUUAUAUUCAUUAAGUGCAUCUGUUGCCAAAUAUAAACCAAAUUUGCCUGCAGUACUUUUUUCUAAGAGAAUAACUCAGAUAUUGGGUAUUAACCUCCAUAUUGGUGAUGGAUGGGAUAAACGAAUUUCAACGAACAAUAUUUUGCAAGAUUGUUUACAAAGAAAUGCUUUCUCUUAUUUCCAAUUACAAGUUACAUACAUUACAGCUGCUUUACAAUUAGAAAAUGAUAAAUUUAUGAAAUCAUUAAAUAUGCAAAAAUGUUUGGAUACACAGAAUCUUCAAUUAAUCAAUUUAUACACUGAAAGUUUUAGAGUAUUUUUCAGUUUACCUCUUCCGGAACCAGUGAAAAAAGACAUAGCGUACAAGACAUCUUCUUUCUUUAAAUCAUCUUUCCGCUUAGGUUCAGAGGCUACAUUGAAAAAUAUAUCCACAUUAGAUGAUGAUAUUACUGAAAUUGCUACAGCUAUCCUGAAUGGGACGAUACUUGAUAAAAAUGGGAUGAGAAUCAAAAGGAAUGCUCUAAACGGCAAGACCAAAUACCCUUCCAAUGUUCCAUCCGACGAAUCUUUACUGCAAGCCUUUGAAAGUGCAGUAGACAUUGAUGAUGGUGGUAUCGAAAUAAAUUGGUCUCCUAAUUCAAUGCACAGAUCUGCAUCCUCGUCUAUUAAUACUGCCAAUGAUUCAAGUAGUGUUUUAACCUCCAGUACAGGUCAGAUCAUAUCACCCAGAGCAAGGAGGGCAGCUUUCCCAAAUGCAUUAAACAGAAGCAAAAGUCCACUGUCGAUGUAUACCAAUGAAAAUGUCUCAGAUACAAAUAAUUUUACAUCGAUGGGUGAUAGCUCUAAAACACCAUCUAUUUCUUCCCAAUUAAUGACUUCCACAACGUCUACACCAUUACAAAGAAAUGUUAAACCGUUAGUUAAACAAACAUUGGGGAGAUUAAGAAGAUAUUCAGAGGAAUCUAAUGGACCAAACAUGAAGCUAUCUACCUCCCAAGUUAAUUUAGCAGCGCAAGAUGUUGAUAUCAAGACCACCACAAAUUUCCUUUACGGUAAACAGAUCACUAUCAAUAUAUUAAAUACCUUUAAGAGGAUGACAAGUUACUUCAUCCUACCUCACGAUAAGAAUCCAAAUCUGGAUUGGGUUGCGGAAGAUUUCCACAAUAUUAUUAAACCUGUCUUUGUUUCUGUUUUGGAAGCUGAUGAGGCCCUUCAUUCAAGCGCUCAAUUAUUUAUGAAUGUUUUAUUAGAAUACAUCAACGAAUAUGGAUCAAACAAAUCUGCUAUGACAAUUAAAGGCUAUCUGUUGAUUUGCAGUCAUACAGCAAGUUUGUUUGCGGUCGAGUUGCUAAAUCUAAAUCUUUCGAAUAAGCAGCGUGCUAUUUUGCUAGAUAUAUUAAUAAAAUAUCUGAAACUGCGUUCGUCUUUAAUGAAGUCAUCACAAGGUGCUGGAGUUGAAGCUGCAGCCAUUGAGGUUCAAACAUCCACAUUUCCGCUUCUAUAUGGUACCGUUGGAAGAGCCCUAUUAAUUUCCUUUUAUUGCAACGAUCCAAAGGUUCAGAAACUAAUUAUUGCGGGCAAUAUUGAAUUCCAUAAAUUGAUUGAAAACUAUAAAGAACAUUAUCCUGAUGCACUUAAUGAUGAAUGCACUCUAUCAGAUUUUAUUUUGAAAGACAAUGCAUUUGCAACCUCUGGUGCUACUGCUUUCCAGAGGCGUGUAAGAAAUGCUAUUCUGAUGCUGAGAAGUAAGCCGGAUGCUAUUAUUUUAGAUUGUGUCGAUAAAAUGUUCAAAAAAUGGUAUCAUUACACAAAAUCCGACAAGAAGACAAAUAGGAAGAAAUUAUGGGAGUUUAGAAAUCUUGCAGGUAUUCUAUCAGCCGUGUCUGGUGUUUUCCUCCGUACAAUCAGUGGCAACUCUAUAUCAGCAACUGUAGCUGAUGAACUAGAUUCAUCUUACAUUAACUACGAUGAGGUAGUAGCCACGUUGAGAAAUGAUUUUAGUUAUUUUAUCAGCAAACAAUGUGAAUGGCUAAACAAUGUAGAUCUUUUAACCAGAGAAAAUGCUAGAGAUAUUAUCAGUUUAGAGUUACAUCCAUAUUCCCUAAAUGUUUUAUUCAACCACUUAAGAAACCAUAUUAAUCAAAUUACUAAUGUCGAUCUAUGUGCUAAACAAAAUGAAAUGUCUUUUGUCUUGUUAGAACAAAUUAUUAUCAUCAUUAGAACAAUAUUAAGAAGAGAAGACAUUGGAGAUAUCAUGAUUGUAUAUUCUACCAAUAUCAUUGAUGUUAUUGAUAGAUUGAUCGUGGUGGUGAAAAAUAUGGAUCCAAACGCUCCAAAAUAUUACAAAUCUGUGAUUCACAUGUCAAAGAUGUUCAAAGCAAUCCAAACAUCAGAGGAGGCACUUGCGAUCAAACAUCAUUAUUGCUUAAAAAAUAAAUGGCUAAAAUUGGUAAUAUCAUGGUUCCGUAUGUCAAUCCAGAAAAAAUACGAUUUAGAAAACCUUGCCAGACCUCAUAGAGAAAUGAAUUUAGAAACAAGAGAUAUGGACUACCUAUAUAUUGAUACCGCAAUUGAAUCUUCCAAGGCCAUCGCCUACUUGACAGAAAAUCUUCCCCUUGAAGUACUUUGGUCGGGGUCUGCAGAUGAGGUGAACAGAUCUAAGGUGGUCUUCUUUGGUAAAUACUUUAACGUUCUCCUAAAAGGUUUAAAAAAGAGUAUGGAUCUACAAGAUUGUCCAGUCACCGUGAAACACAAGAUGACGCUACUGAAUGAAAAUGUUAUUUUAGCUUUAACUAAUAUAUCCAAGGCGAACACUGAAGUUAGUGUACAAUUUACUCUUCCAAUGGGUUAUUCAUAUAAUAAAAAUAUUAAGAUCGCUUUUUUGAAUGUAUUUACAAAUAUUUUAUCCAGAUAUCCAAUUGAUAACAGAAAACUAGAAGAAGAACGUUUGCAUACCAUAGACUCUAUGCUAUUAUACACAAUUCAGCACUCCGAACUUGCAAUUUACAGUUCAAGAUCAUGUCCAGUGAAUGAUAUUGACCAAUAUACAGCCGUUUUGGUGAACGCUUUUGAGACUAGGAAUGCAUCACAUAUUAUUAUUUCAGAAUUAAUUAAGGAUGAAAUUAAAAAUUCAACAAGACCAUCUGAUAUUUUGAGAAGAAACAGUUGUGCCACUAGAUCGUUAGCAUUGCUUGCCAAAGAUAAAGGCUAUCACUAUUUAAUUAACAUUCUCAGAAUGACUUUACAAAAUAUUAUGGACGAAAACAAAUCUGUUGAAAUUGAAAAAAUUAAUUCGGAUGAUCCAGAGGCAACUGAGAAGAUCGAUCUUUUUGUACGCUAUUUUGCCUCUAUUAUUGAUGUAAUAGUUAACUCCAUCGGUGAUAUGCCCAAGGAAUUUUUCUAUAUUUCGCAAUCCAUUUAUAUUGAAGCUCAAAAGAGAUUUCCCGGCUAUGGCUUGGUUGCUGUUGGGUCGUUCAUAUUCUUAAGGUUGAUUUGUCCUGCUAUAGUCAGUCCAGAAACAGAAAAUAUUAUAGGUGUUCCAUCGGUUCAUCAAAAGAGACUGCUCUUAUCUUUAGCUAAAGGCAUACAAGGUCUUGCUAAUAAAUCUGAUUACCUUAUUAAAUGGCCAAUCCUUAAAUCUAAAAUGGAAUUCUUUGAGGAAUGUAGCAAAAAAAUGUUUUGCUUUUUGCAAGAUGUUUGCAAUCCAGAACGUGAAAUAGAUAUCAAGGUUAGAAUGAAUGGUGAUCCAAUACCAUUUGAUUAUGGAUUUUUCCAUCAAUACAUAUACAGAGAUGGUAUAAAUGUUAGAAGGAGCAUCUUAUCUAAUAUUAAAUUAACAGAUAAUAUUCCAUUCUUAUCAAAAACGUUAUUAAUGUUUGACGAAGCAUUGGGUCGUCUAGGGGAACCGAAAUUUGAAUAUAAAAAUGAAAUCCCAGAAAACAUCAAGGAACUGGGUCCCGAAUAUCCAAAACUAUAUGAAUUUAUGAGUAGGUUUGCAUUUAAAAAAUAUAAACAAAUUGGUUCAGAUAAGACGUUUGUCAGAGAAUUACUCGCUUCAGAUGGUGUUCCUAUCUUGACUGUUUCUAUGGCAAAGUUGCUAGAGUUUGGUGUAGAGCUCGAAACCGUAGUUUUCAAACUAAUACAACUGUAUACUAGGAUAUGGUCAUCCAAACAUUACUUAUUAUUUGAUUGUACCGAAUAUGAAGAAGCAUCCUUUGAUUUUACGAAAUUUGUUAUCAUUAUGAACAACAUUUUCCCAGAAUUUGUUCCAGAAAAUUGCGCCUGUAUUUAUAUCAUUAAUGUGAAUGACGAUUUCCUAAAACAAUGGGAACAAAUAUUUGAUCAGAAUAAUGUGUAUCUAGCUCAUAAAGUCCCUCACGAAUUUAGAAAUACCAAUUCGGAUGGUGACUUACUUAAAUAUUUAAAGAUUGAUUGUGAAGGGUUGCAAGUUAUGGACGAUGUGCGUAUAUCAUUACAUAAUAUUAUGAUGUAUGACGAAAAUAAUAACCGUCUAUCGCCUGUUUCGAUGAAAUUAGGUAACCAGUAUUUCCAAAUUCUACAUGAGACACCAAAGAAAUUUAAAUUAGUGCAAUUAAAUGAAAUAGUUGAUGUAAAGAUCAAUGAAGUCUACAAGGUUGCUGAUGUUGUACUAACUGAUGUAUCCAGUAUUACAGGGGUUACUGGCGAAUUUACGAUCAACCUCACUAGCGGUAAGAGAUUGAUAUUUUGUAGUACCAAAUUUUUGGAAAUUAUGAAAAUGUUUGAGUAUGCUAAAUCUAGGGAAGAAUUUGAAUAUGUACCGGACGAAACAAUUGUCGCUCCUAUAGAUGUGCAGGAUAUUGCACAACAUUCAGAUGAAAGAAAUGAUAUGAUAGGUCAUUUGUUACUGGUAACCAUAGUAGGCUUAUUCACACCUGAUGAUGUUGUUAAGUCGCACUCAUAUAACUUGCUGGCCGCUGCAGAAAGGGCAUUCAAAUUAAAUUUAGGUUCUCAUUUUCAUAAAACACCAGCAGUGUAUAUUCCAUCAAAUGCCACAAUUUUCCUAUCUAACAUGGCUAAAUCACUCGCGACGUAUCAUCCUGAAAUUACAAAUCACUGUUGGAAAUAUAUUUUAGAGGGGAUAGAAAAUGAUUAUAUCCCAAAGAAAUAUAUACCUCAAGUUAUUAGUUUCCUUUCUUACUGGGUUGAUAACUUAUAUGGCUAUGUUUAUCUUGGAGAUGACGAAAACGGAGAUGAGAAUACGUCAAAAAUCAUUAGAUCAUUAAUUCAAUUAUCCCUUUCCGAGCCUGCCUUCACGUCUUUAUAUCUUAAUGAAAUCUGGUUUCCUCUAAUUACAGAUGGAAGAUUAGCAAAACUAAUUGUUACUGAGAUAAUGGGCCAUUGUCUAGAAAGGGAUUCAGAAAAUAAGGAUUGGACUAGAAUUACAGAUCUUCUAACUGGGUUCCCAACAGUGGGACUUGCAACCGAAGUAGUUGAAAGGCUUCUAGACACCGUAAAACACACUCUCCCUACUUUAAAAUUUGAUACAACCAAUCAGAGUUGGGCUGAGUUGAAAAUAUUGGUGCAUAUUACAGCAUUUUUAUUUUUCGAAUCAACAUUGUUGGUUCAGAUGUUUUUACCUGAUGUACUUUUUGUUAUCUCAAUUUUGAUUGAUAUUGGACCUAUUGAAUUACGGACCUUGAUCUUCGAGUUGCUAAUGAAUGUUUGCAACUCUCUAUCUAUUAAUUCCAUACUACCAAGUGAAAAGAAACAACAACUUGAUGACAUAACAAGUGACUUUGCAACAUACAAACUGAAGUAUAUCUUUGGAUUCAGCCAGUACAAAGGUGAUAUCCUUCCAAGUUUUUCAACAGGUUCAUUCUCUAUUAAAUUUAAUAUUCUAGACAGCUUCGUGACUAAAAUUCUCCUUUUAAUGGACGGUCCUGCUCCUUAUGAAACUUAUAAAUGGCGUUCAAAGUAUAAGAAGUACUUGAGCGAACUGGUGUUUACAUCCAAUCCAUUUUUAUCAGCUCGUGCCAUGAUGAUUUUGGGUAUAGCCGGCAAAACAUAUACAUCCACUAAAUUAUUGAAUAAUUUACUUGUUAGAACGAUGUGGGUUACUUCAGAGCCUAUUGUUAAUACAGAUAAUGUCUUUAUGGUCCUUUCUCACGCAUUUGCUUAUAGUAAAAUUGUACAGGGUUUAGAUCCUUCUUUCCCAUUGUUAAUGAAAUUAUUUUGGCUCUCGAUGUGCUUGAUCUAUACUGACCACCCCUCCAUUUUUGAAAGUGGGCUUAUUUUUAUGUCUAAUUGUGCUUCAAGAUUAUAUGAAUAUCAUUUUGCCAACGGCUCAGAAAUGAAAACGUUAGUAAAAGAACUACUUGAUGCAAGAGAAUUUGCGGAACCAUUUCUUUGUCAGAUUGAAAAAGCAUACAAUGUGACAUGGUCGGAGGACAAUUUUGUGUCUAUCAUCGUCGCAUUUAUUUCGAGAGGGUUAUCGAUUCCUUCAAUUCGUGCAAAUGCAACAGAAUGUUUAAUUGGCCUAUUUAAGAAUGCUUACCACGAAUAUCAAUUGUUUUCAGAUGCUGUCCAAUUCAAAUCUUACAUGUUUUUAUUGUUUUUAACCGUCGAUGCUGAUCAAUUUGGAAAUAUUCUAAAAUCAGCUGGUUAUGAUGGUGGUAUGGUUGUAAUAAACGAACAAUGCAAGAUCCCCACAAUUAUUGAAGAAUGGUUAUGCUCUGAUACUUCCCAAUCAAAUGAUGCUCUAUAUCAGGGUGCCAUGAUUUUCAAGAAUAAGAACAUUGAUGAACCUACAAAAUUUAAAUUACUAUUAGUUAUGCAAUUAUUGUUAGAUAGAGAACCCAUCUGUUUAUUCAGGUUCUAUGGAGCUGUUAAUACUGAAAUGAGAAGAAUUACCUCUUUAGAGCACCAUCCAAAAUGGAUUCCAAUUAUUUUCCAAAUUAUGGGAGAAGUAGUAAGAUAUUCUCAAUUCCACAACUUUAACCAAUGCAAUACGACAUCUAUUGACAGAAUAAAGGAUACAGGUUUGGAUAUUAUUUUACAUUCACAAUUAGUUGAGAGAAACCAAGAUGAACUGAAGGAGAAAUUUGUUCAGGAUUUAGACUUUAUACUUACGUCAAAGAAAGCUAUUACAAUGCUUAUAGCUCGAUUGGCCUGUCCAACUUAG